GCUUAUAACUCAGUUGCAGGUGCUAUAACAACACUUUCUAAUUAUUCAACAGAUGAUAUGCAAAAGGCCUUUGUUAUUAAGAAACAGUUCGACAAAGGACUUUCCCCAAAUUUAUUCGAGAAGGCAAACCCAUUCAUUGUUUCAUUAGUUUUAAAGAUAUAUUUUACUUCCCUCCCUCAACCAUUUUUUCAAAAAGGCGUUGUCGAAGACAUCAUGCGGAUGUUAAAAGGGCAACGGUUGAUUUCAUAUGGCUCUUCUCCAACUUUGACAUCGCCAAGAAUUUUUGCACAGAACAAAAAUGACUUUCUUAGUGUGACUAAUUUGGACAAAGACUCGGACAAAUCAGAGAAAGUUACUGAUGAAAGUGUCAUUAAAAAUGUCAAAGCUUUACUCAAGGAGUAUCUGAGUAGCACCGACACUCAACUUGUUUUUAAUGAAGUGAUCGAGACAAUUAAACAUAUGGAAGGGUGUUUAGACAAACAACAAAUGACCAGUUGCUGUACCUUUUUUCUCGACUGCUUUUUCCCAUCGUUUGAGUUUCCAGAACUCUUUGUCGAACUCUUCCCGAAGUUUUCAGUGUUACCAAAGAAAAUUGACAUUAUUUCGAUGGACUCUGAAGAGUCGUACGAUGGCGAGACAGUGAAGUGUGUGUAUCCAAAUGUGUGGUGUCCAUUGUCUGUGUUAACUGAACCGUUCACUGGAGAGGAAGUCCAAGUGCCAGGGAAACUAGCAGUCACGUCGUAUCGUCUAGUUUUUAUCCCAUCAGUCACUCUUGAUGCGUCAAGAAAGGCAAUUCUCUUUUUGGUUGGACAAACGCCACUCAACAACAUCGCUUGGAAGAAAGUAAGUGAACACCACGACAAACAAAUGCUGCGGAUAGUUACAUCGACAUAUACUGUCAUGACCUUUUUUGCAACAACUAAAAUGCUUAAAAAUGUCGAUUUUGCAAUUGAUGACGCGUUGAAUGAACAUAUGUCGAUUUACAUCAAUCCACUGGGCGGGAAAUUAAGUGAAAGCGAAGUUUCAGAACGCGAAAAUUUGGCUGCGACGUGGAAGGAACGAAGCGACCGAAAUAAAUGGACUUACCAACUUAACCUAAAUACUGACAUCCUCCCACUCAACUGUCCACUCUUCCCAACAACAAUAAAAUGUCAACAACGAGGAAGAGAAAUAUUUGUUAGUUGCAUGUUGUCACGAAUGGACGCGUGUGUCCUUCGAUUGACCACUCCCGCACUAAAAAAGGUAUUGACGGAAUUAAAAGUCGAUGUCGAAGAAAUCGAAAAUGUCCAAAUCAAAGAGGUGUAUUUCCACAUGAAAGGAUCAGAAGAAUUUGAAAAGGUUUUUGAAAAUAUUUUGACCAACGUCAUCUAUGGAAAAAAUUCGAAAGAGUUUGGCAACUAUAACGAGUUGGUGGGGAAGGCAAACACAUUGUUGAACAAUUGUUUUAAUCAAGUCAAUGAGAUCAUGACGUGUUUGAAUGCGGGGACAAACUGUUUACUUCUACCACAAGGCAUUAAAGAAACGGAUGUUGCUAUAUUCACAAGUUUGAUUCAAAUAAUCAUGGACUCUUAUCAUCGAACAAUUAAUGGCUUUCUUCAACUUUUGCGAUGCGAAUUUUGUUCAUUACGGUACGAUUUCGAUGCGCAGAAACAUUCAUUUACGUUCUUUAUUGUUGCACUCAUUCUCAUUUACAAGAGAAAUCCGUCGUUUUUUGAAUUCAACCAAUUGUUCCUCGAGUACAUUCAUCACCACUCUACGUCAAAACUCUUUGUCGAAUUCUCACAAAACGCAAAGUCGUCAAUAAAAAAUGCGAUAUUUGACAGACUCAAUUACUUCAAAAACCCUUUUUAUAAAAAGACGGAAGAAGUGAUCACUAUCAACAACACAACUAUCCAUUACUGCAACGAAAUAUUCUUUAAAUCACACACUAUUUCCCCAAUGACUACAGCAAAACUCCUUCAACCAUGUUCAAAUGGGAUCAUGGACGCAUCACAACAAAACAUUCACUUCUUCCCACUGCUGCCAAAUUUUCCAACAGGAAAUAACACCACUCGGCUUGUACUUUCUAAGAACAACAUCACCGAUUUCCCAACCGAAUUUUCACAAUUUUUAGGACUCAAAGAACUCGACUUGUCCGAUAACAAACUUUCUUUUUUAAGUGAUAUUUUGUCAAACAUGAGAGUGUUGACUCUACUGAACAUUUCUGGAAAUAACUUAUUGAACAUCGAUAAAAGUGUUUCGACUUUACCACUCAUCGAACUCGACUUGAGUUCGAAUGAUAUUCAACACCCAAAAGCAGACUAUUUCCCUACAACACUGAAAAGACUUUUUCUGAGGCAAAAUACAGUUGUCCCCGAUUUGACACAUUUGCAGAUAACACUACUCGAUUUAUCACUCACACUUGGCCUUGACAAAACGGACUUUAUUCAAAACCUCCCCGUCACACUCAGUGAAUUGAGACUUUCGGGAUGUGCUUUAGAACACUUGCCAUGCUCGUGUUCGAAAUUGACUGAGUUGAAGAAGAUCAACUUGUCGAAGAACAAACUUUAUAAUUUGCCUCCUUCAUUCUUCUUACUCACAAAGAUCACUGAAAUUAAUCUAAAGGAAAACCCACUUCGACAGAUUUCAGUGAUGAUGAUAAAACUCAAUAAUUUGGAGAAAAUGGAACUGGACGAAAACGUCACUCUUCCGACACAGUUGAAGUCGUUGUUCCCUGAACGAAGUUUAAAAGAAAAACUUGCAAAGAAAAAUGGGGAGGAUUACGUCCAUUUCUAUAUCACUGGAGAUGACAAUCAGUGCGACCUCGUCGGACAACUGAUAAAGAAAAACAAAGAAAAGGAAAAGGAGAAAAGAGUAGAAAAUGGCACAACAAUAAUGCUCGAAAAGUUCCUUUCGAUAUCCGUUGUGUCGAUUUUUGAUGUUCAAAUGGGGGUAUUUGUGAUGAUGGCAAAUUCAGUUUUUAUUGUUUGCGAGGACAACAAAAACAAGACCAACCCAUUUGAGAGAAUGUUGCGAUUCUUUACAUAUGUGGGUGUGCGACAACCAAUCAUUUGUGUGUUUUAUAAAACAGAGGAAGACUUGUAUACAAAUGAGUACGACACAGUUGCAAGAAAUCUGAAGGCAAAGUACCUCGACUUACAGAUCGACUUUUUCCAAUUUGAUAACUUGAAGCCAGAGAAGAGUGUCAAGGAAUUAACAAAAUUGAUGAAAGAGACGGCAAAUGAAACGAAGGUUGCUGUGUCACAAACAUGCAACAAACUUAUAGACGAAAUGCAAUAUAUUGAUAUGUAUCCCGGUAUCACAGAAGUCUCUUGGAUCAAAGAUUUGAUGACAACAAUGUCGAUCAAAGAAGAACAACACCAAAAGUUCAUUGAAAUUCUUCAAAAGCUAAAUAAAAUAUACCUUUUCCCAACAGAUUCGUCUUGUGUGAUAUUCAACUACUCACUGAUGCACCAACACAACAUGCUCGAGAAAUGCAUUUUCUGUCUUGUCGACACUGAAAUGGUCAAAACGGCAUUUGAGUUGUUACUCCAACACAACUGUCGUACUGGGUUGGAAUUAACAAACAUGUCUGAGCUUCUUGGCAAAGAAGCUACACAACAACAAGAACACUUCUUUUGGGACGUCCUCGAAUUUUUUCAUAUUGUCUUUGUUUUCCGAAGUGAAUUCUUUGAACGGUUGAAUUUGCGGGAUGCGUAUUUGAGUCUUAUGAGAAGGAUUUUACUUGAGAAGGACAAAGUAGGAAUGUUGUCGCCAUCCAAAUCGCAAACGAUGCUCAAAUUGUCGAGCAUUGAAAUUCCUAUCAAGACAAGUUUUGCUAUUAACUCUGCAAGUCCAAUGAAUGUCAACCACCCAAAGAAAGUGGUUUCUGGAAGUGGGAAAAAGCGGCUGAUGAAGCAGAUCGUCGUAACAAAUGACCAGAAAAAUGAACUUGAAAAGUUUGAGGUUUUGCGAUCUCAAAACAAGAAGUCUGCGAUGGGAUUUUUGAUAUUCAAUUAUUACGGGUUGUCAGAGAAAGAGCCUGAGAACUGUUGGAAAGUUGAUGAGAAAAAGGAAGUUGAGAUAGGGAGGGUGUACUCCUUCAACUUUUUGCCACUCCAAUUUAUGAUGAUGUUUCUUUCAAUCUUUGCAGUUAAGCAUAAACUCAUUAAUUCGUGGCGAGGGGGGUUCUUAGGGGAAAUUGUGAUUCAAGGCUCGACAUAUCAAGCAAAGGUUUCUUUUGAUUUUGAGCGAAUGAAGGUUUCGAUACGUCUCAAAAUCAUAGUUGAGAGUGAAAAGUCGUUUUUAAUGACAACGAAUGUGUGGGACGAUUUCAAGUGGAUUGUGGAAAGUGCUCAAAAACAAUUUUCGCUGAUGAACUCUUCGAUGCUAAUAGUUUGCCCGCACUGCCUCCAACGUGAUAGCAAUGAAGAGUGGUAUACAUUGACGGAAACUCAAAUUAAUGAGAUGAUUGAAGUUGGUACCUAUUCAAUAGUGGUGGAAGAACAUGCCGUCCAUUUUGUACUGUCAUGCUGGGACUUUUUUGUGAAGCGUCUUGAGAACAAUGGGAAUCAGUACGAAAGCGAGGACUUUGAACUCACCGAGGUGAUUGCACACGGCUCGUCCUCGACAAUUAAAAAAUGCAAAGUUGCACACCAAGAAGAUAAAACGCAACUGUACACAACUCCACGUGUCCGAGUUUUCGCGACAUCACCACGAUCUGAAUUCAAAAAGAAAAAGAAAGCAACCAAAAGUUUAGUUGAUUUAAAUGCGGCUAAAAAGAAUGAAAAGAGUGUCAGAGAAAAGACCAAAAAGUUUGAAAAACUGAUAGAAGAGAAAUUGGACGGGAAAUAUGAGAAGGGAGGCAUCAAAAAAGACUCAUCGAAUGUCUCCAAUUUAAAAACGGAAAAGUCGUCAAAAGAAAUUUAUUCCAAUUCUGUUGCGGGUGGUACGGACUAUGAGAAAAGUCAUAUGGAUACACUUUGUGACAUUGAGAAAUAUGGUAAAAUCGAGAAGAACAUGCCUUGUAUCUUUGAACGGACGAAACAAAGUGACAUCCGAACUGACGUAGAGAUAGAUUACGUGGUAGUGAAAGAAACGGUUUUUGAUAUCAAAGGGAUGCUUAUGAAUGGAGACGACUACAAAAAGUAUUACAUUAACACCGUCGAGGAAUUUAUAAGGGAAUGCGAGUUCAUGAAAUUUCCCGACUCGAAUUACGUUGCGAAGAUCUAUGGCUUCAUUCUCUCUCCUCUAUGCGUUGUGAUGGAGUACUUCAAUGGCGGGUCACUUUUCAAUUACAUAGCAAAACACCAGACAUUAUCAUGGGGGGUCCGUCUUCAAAUCAGUAUGAGUAUUGCUCGUGGAAUGGAACUGUUUACUACUCGAAAACAACCACUUGUCCACCGCGACCUGAAAAGUCCUAAUAUUGUUCUUAAAGUCGAUGAAGACCAGGAAAUUACACAAGUUGCGAUCACUGACUUUGGUCAGAGCAUGCCUACAUAUGGUACUGAUUAUAAGAACUGCGUGGCAGUAGAAUGCCCAUUUUGGCUUGCGCCAGAGGUCGUCAACACUAGUGUUUUUGAAGUCGAAAGCGACGUGUACUCGUUUGGGAUGAUACUUUGGGAACUCUCCACGUUGAGUUCGCCGUUUCCACAGUUUAAGUUCAUGGAAGAGAUCCGACUGUUCAUUAAGUGUGGCAACUUGUUGCAAAUUCCAAAGUCUAAAAUACCGGAGUUCGACAAACUCAUUGAGGACUGUUGGAAAUUACCAAAGCAACGCCCAACAUUCACCACUAUUGUUCAAAGACUUUCAGAUCUUAUCAAAAAGGUGGAAGUGUAA